UCCCACUCGCUCUCUCGCUGGUUCCGAUGCGCCUGAUGGUGUUUCCGGAUAGUGGGGCUGGUUGCAGCCGCCAGAGGAUUUGGCAGUAUAUUUGGAAGCAGGGGAAGGCUACGGAUUUGGCACAAUGGGGAAAAGAGAUAACCGGGUGGCAUAUAUGAAUCCUAUAGCCAUGGCCCGAGCCAGGGGUCCCUCAUCAUCUGGAGGUCCAACAAUACAGGAUUAUCUUAGCAGGCCAAGACCUACCUGGGAAGAAGUUAAAGAACAAUUGGAAAAGAAAAAGAAAGGCUCUCGAGCACUGGCUGAGUUUGAGGAAAAGAUGAAUGAGAGCUGGAGAAAGGAGCUAGAAAAACACAGAGAGAAGAUUAUUUCUGGCAAUGAGAUCUCCUCUAAAAAGAAAGAGAAAAGAAAAAAGGAAAAGAAGAAAUCUGGUGGGUUGUCUUCACCUUUUUCUUCAUCAUCGUCUUCUGAUUCUCCCAGCAGUUCGGAUGAAUCUGACAAUGAGAGCAAGAAAAAACAAACAAAAAGGAAGAAGAAGAAAAAGUAUUCCCGUAAAUCAUCAGACAGUAGUUCUGAUACUGGCUUGGAAAACAAGGAUAGUUUGAAAAAGAAGAAAUCCAAAGAUGAGCAGGACAAAGACAAGGACAGCAAAAUCAGAAAAAGAAAAAGGGAAGAUGAAGACCAAAAACACUCAUCAUCUCAGUCUGUUUCUGGAUCUGAUACAGAGGAAGAGGCACAAUAUUCUUCCUUUUCAAGGUAUAUUGGAAAAAGAAAAAAAGCAGAGAAGAAAAAACACAUAAAGCCAACAAGAAAAGGAAGCACAAGAAACACAGCAAGAAAAAGAAGAAGAAGACUGCAGCCUCAAGUUCAGAUUCAGACUAACACUUGUUUUUGAAGUGAUAAAUAACUGAAUGAAACAGUACGUGCAAUGACAGAUUUCAGACUGUGAACCCACACGGCAUGUUUUUUUUUAACCAUAGCUAAACUGAAGCUAUAUCUUCAUUGUACUGAUGCGCUCAUCGGUGAUUUAGAAGUUCUUUUUAGGGACUGUUUGAAGAAAAGGGGGCUGUAACCUAUAAGCAAGGAACUGGAGGGGUAAUAUCACAUAAUUGUCAAUGAAAGAUAUCCAAACAACUCUCAUGGUACUUUCAGUUAUAAUAGAGAAAAGCUGAGCUGCACCAGGAUUUUUGGUCAGAGCCGAGAGUGUGUGUGUGCGCGUCAGCCCAGUGCAAUCCCUUGCUGAUAUGGCACUUAAUGGCAAGAAGCGUAAAGAAAACUGGGUAUUUAGAAGGAAAAGAACUUAAAAUGAUAAGCAAACAAAGUGCUUCAGAGGUUACUAAUUGAAAUUGAUUGUAAAAUGUACUUGUGCCAGUUACUCAUUACAAUUAAUAGCCAUUAGGUACAUAUCUGUAUGAUAAAAAACCUUUUCUGUGGCCAUGCAUGUAUUUUUCUUUUUUUUCUUCUUACUAAGAUUGCCCUGUCAGCUUCAGACUUAAGUGAUGUUUAAUCUUCCCUAUGGGGCAUUAGCCUAAAGGUACAGGAUGUGUAAAUCCACAUACUUCACUUUCUUGUAUAAAGGUGCCCAUACUCGUUAAGAUUCCCUCGCUUGGCGAGAUCGCCAAGUGAGCGGAUCUUCACCCGAUAUCCCCACCUACGGGUGGGCAAUGUUGGGGAGCGUGUAGGCUAAUUCGGUCGUUUGGCCCUGGGGCCAAAUGAUUGAAUUCUAUUGGCGGCAAUCGUUUCGGGGACCGCAUCAACGAGCCGAUGCGGUCCCUGAUCCGACUAUAUUUUCUAACCUGCCCGUCGGUCUAAGGGACCAAUAUCAGCAGCUAGAAUUGGCCCGUGUAUGGGGACCUUUAGGAGUUCCUUUUUAACUUCUUUGAUAAUGGCUUAUUGGUGGUCACCCUAAUGAGCAUUGCUACCAGUCCAUUUGAUGUGGGAUCACAAUUUUCUCGCUUCAUGAAAAAGGGAAUUGGAAGUUACAGCUCUGCAAGGGGUGGAUGGCCAGAGUUUGAAUCUGCCUGUAGAAUAAUAAAUUAUGAGUGUGAGUGCUUUGCUGACCCUAUCCAUUACAUCCCCUGUCUCCCAUGUAGCUUGGUGUGUGUAUAUCAUCAUUCACUCUUUUAGGAGAAUCUUUUGUCAUCAGAUUUGUUUUUUUUUUUUUUUUUCUAUUACUAAGAGCUUUACAGUCUUACUAAUGGGGAUCUCUGCCAGAGCUGGGGCAUAACAGGAGCGUGCCCAAGGUAAUCUCUUUGCAAGCCCUGGACUGGGGUAUAUCGGAGUUUCAGCAUCCUUUUGGCUAUAGAGCAUUCAGAAACAACUCCCAGCAUUGCCUGCCAUUUCGUUUCCUACAUAAACACCAUGCAAAAGAAAUCUAUCCAACUGCUCACCAGUACCCAUGCUUCGCCUCGCUAUACUCACACCGUUCGCAUGUAAAAAGCAGUUUUUGUUUUGUAUUAUAUGAAAUAUUUAAUGGCUUCAUAUUGAAGCUUAUACGAUACAAAGUUUUGGAAUUAUAAAAAUGUAUCCAGUUUUAUGAAAGCAAAUCCUGAAUCUAAAUAAAAUAUUGUGUUAACACAAA